UACACUAUAGACAAAACAGCGCAAAGUUUCACACGCACGAACUCACGCAGUCCUCUCAACCUUCAGCAGCUCAGUACAUCCCACUAUGCUUUGCGAUGGACUGACAAGUGGAUCCAAGAUGGCGUAGAAAGUAAAGCUAGAUGUUUUGUUGCUGAGUCAUGGCAGACAGGAGAGCGGAGAAGUCAUGUGAAGAAGCCAGCAGAUCUUUAGCCAGGCGGGAGUACGAGGCGGCCGUCACUCACAGCACGGAUGCACUGGUGGUCCUCGCACCCCAAACUCCAACCUCCAGUGCUCCGGGCCUGCAGAGCCCACCAUCCCUCUUCUCUGCCGGACCCCUUCGCAGCCGUGCCCUACUCUAUCGAAUUGCUGCCUUUCUUCAGCUGAAAAAUUAUGAUGAAGCAGAUGAAGACUGCAAACAUGUUCUGGCAGAAGAAAUUGCUCGAGGAGAUGGCUCUCUACAGGCGAGUUUGCGCUCCAUGCUGUUGGAUGGCAGCCUGCAGGAGGUCGCCAGCAUCCUCUCUAAAGCCUUGUAUGGAGAGCCAAUGAAUGGUAUUGUUACAAAAGACUUGACCAGAUUAAAAAUGUUAUUUUCUGAAAUUGAGGCUGUAAAUAGAGAAAUGGCACCAGAAUGCACAGAUGAGCAGGAUGAAGAGGUCUAUGAUGGCUGGCAGUUCCGACCUCCUCCCAGAGGAGUCACCAGCAGUGAGGAGUACACCUUGUGUAAGAGGUUUCUGGAGCAGGGGCUCUGUCGGUAUGGGGCCCAGUGUACAUCAGCUCACUCACAGGAGGAACUAAUGGAAUGGCAGAAGCGUUACGCGUCACGACUCAUUCGCCUCAAACAGCAGCAGGAGAGCAAACACUUCACCGAAAACUACAUGGAAACCUUGAUAGAAAAGUGGAUAAACUCCUUUUCUCCAGAGAAAGUGCUAAGUGACAGUUUGGAAGGAGUGAAUGUAGAGACCAGCUCCAGUCUAUCGGUUACUGUCACCACCAAAAAAUCCUCCCACUCCUGGAUAUUCUCUUUGUUGUGCAGGCCACCAAGAAAGCUGUUCCGCAUCGCUCUGCUCUAUGAUGCCCAUCGACCACACUUCUUCAUCACAGGUGUGUCAGCUGGGGAGCGGCUUCAAACGGUUCCCAAAGGAUGCCAAGAGUGGACUCCUGGAGAGGAAACAGCAGGUGCACCAGACAAUGGACUGGAUCACUGCAUCUACAAGGUGGCUGUGGGUUUCAGCACCGAGAUCUUUGGUACCUUCAGGCAAACCAUCGUUUUUGAUUUUGGGUCUGAGCCUGUUCUCAUGCAGCGGAUCAUGGUGGACGCUGCCUCUAUUGAAGAUCUAGAACACCUGUUGGCAGCACGGCAGCAGUUGCUGAUCACUGCUAAGCGCUGGGACUCGUCCUGUAAAACCAUUGUAGAAUUCUGCCCCAAUGAGACGAUGGGCGACCUUGAACGCAGCCUCCUGUCCCGCUAUCAAAUACCUCUGUCGGCUGACCAGCUCUUCACCCAGUCGGUCUUGGACAAGACUCUGACCAAAGACAACUACCAGGCUCGGCUGCACGACCUGCUCUACAUUGAGGAAAUUGCACAAUAUAAAGAAGUUAGCAAGUUUAACAUCAAAGUGAACCUGCAGCUGGUCAAUAGCUUCAUGCUGACUGGCAUUUCUGUUGGAGCCAAGUACGCGCAGAACGGACAACUCUUUGCACGCUUCAAACUCACUGAAACUCUUUCUGAGGACACGCUAGCUGGACGGUUAGUGAUGACCAAGGUGAACUCAGUUUUACUGCUACCACUGAGCCGUGAUGGGGUUAGCAGCCAGCCUCCUCCUGGGGUGAAAGAGCGUGUCUAUGAAGCUGUGAUAGAGGAGAAGACCAAGGAAUACAUCUUCCUUAGGAUCUGCAAAAACUGCUGUGAGGAGCUGGGCCUGCAGUCCGACAGAGAGUUACAGGUGGAGCUCCAAUUUCAGCUAAACCGACUGCCACUAUGUGAGAUGCACUACGCCCUGGAUCGAAUCAAAGAUAACUGCAUCCUCUUCCCUGAUGUUAGCAUGGUUCCUACCAUCCCCUGGAGCCCCAACAGGCAGUGGGAUGAACAGCUGGACCCCCGUCUCAAUGCCAAGCAAAAAGAAGCCAUCCUGGCCAUCACAACGCCCAUCUCCAUCUCCCUGCCCCCCAUCCUCAUCAUUGGACCCUACGGUACCGGCAAGACCUUCACUCUGGCACAGGCUGUCAAGCACAUCCUCCGUCAAGACAACAGCAGAGUUUUGAUCUGCACUCAUUCCAACAGUGCGGCUGACCUUUAUAUCAAGGACUACCUUCAUCCUUAUGUUGAAGCAGGCAAUGCUCAUGCCAGACCUCUCAGGGUAUACUUCAGGAACCGCUGGGUGAAGACGGUCCACCCGGUGGUCCAGCAGUACUGUCUCAUUUCCAGCACACAGGUCACUUUCCAAAUGCCCACGAGGGAGGACAUCCUCAGGCACCGCAUUGUUGUGGUCACCCUCAGCACCUCCCAGUACCUCUGCCAGCUUGACUUGGACCCUGGAUUGUUCAGUCAUAUCCUGUUGGAUGAAGCAGCUCAGGCCAUGGAGUGUGAAACCAUCAUGCCUUUUGCUCUCGCUAGCAAAACAACCCGAAUCGUGUUAGCUGGGGACCACAUGCAGCUCAGUCCGUUUGUGUACAGCGAGUUUGCACGGGAGCGCAACCUGCACGUGUCUCUGUUGGACCGGCUGUAUGAGCACUACCCCUCCGAAUACCCCUGUCGGAUCCUCCUGUGUGAAAACUACCGAUCCCAUGAAGCGAUAAUCAACUACACGUCAGAACUGUUUUAUGAUGGAAAGCUGAUGGCAAGUGGAAAGCAGCCGUCCCACAAGGACUUCUACCCUCUCACCUUCUUCACAGCCAGAGGAGAAGACGUCCAAGAGAAGAACAGCACUGCCUACUACAACAACGCUGAGGUGUUUGAGAUCGUGGAGCGGGUGGAGGAGUUGCGUAAGAAGUGGCCGGUUGCCUGGGGUAAACUGGAUGAAGGAAGCAUCGGGGUGGUGUCUCCCUAUGCCGACCAAGUCUUCCGCAUCCGGGCUGAGCUCCGAAAGAAGAGGAUGCACGAGGUUAGCGUUGAAAGAGUACUCAACGUCCAAGGGAAACAGUUUCGGGUGCUGUUCCUCAGCACCGUGCGGACACGGCACACCUGCAAGCACAAGCAAACCGCCAUCAAGCGCAAAGAGCAGCUGGUUGAGGACUCGACAGAAGAUCUUGACUAUGGUUUCUUGUCCAACUACAAGCUACUCAACACAGCCAUUACAAGAGCCCAGUCCCUGGUUGCAGUUGUGGGAGACCCCAUAGCGCUCUGCUCUGUAGGGCGCUGCAGGAAAUUCUGGGAACACUUCAUUUACAUUUGCCAUGAAAACUCCAGCCUCCACGGCAUCACCUUUGAGCAGAUCAAGGCUCAGCUGGAGGCCCUGGAGCUGAAAAAGACGUACGUCCUGAACCCCCUGGCUCCGGAGUUCAUCCCUCGUGCCUUCAGACCCCUGCAAGGACACCAGUCUUCCUCGCAGGUCCUCCACCCCCUCCACCACCCACACCCCCAACAUUCUCAGUCAGCCUCUAACAAGCAGGCUCCACAGCAACAGCAACAGCAGCAGUCACCCCCUAAGGGGAAACAUGCUAACCACUCAGAGCACCUCCCACCUGAAGGAUAUGUUCAGCCCAACCCUGCUGUACUGAUGGGAAACCCCAUCCGGGCCUUCACUCCUCCUCUGAGCGGCACCGCCACCGGCAUGGGCAAGUCCCCCAGUCCGGUUCAGAGGAUCGAUCCUCACACGGGCGCCAGCAUCCUCUACGUUCCAGCUGUGUACGGGGGGAACAUGGUCAUGUCCAUGCCUCUGCCGCUUCCCUGGCCUGGAUACCAGAACCGCUUCGCUGUGGACCCCCGCAUCAUGAGCCACCCAGCAGCCAUGGCGUACAACUUGAACCUGCUGCAGCCGCAGGGCAGAGGCUCCCCCAUUCCUUAUGGGGGGGUCGCACAUCCUUCCCCGUUAGGAAUGGGCCAGCCCAGUCCUGACAAGGAGCAACCAGCCGACCCCAUCAGAAAUGGUAAAGUGGAGGGAAGUUCAAAGUCGGAACAGAAUCGUCUUCAGACUCCAGAGAGGAAAAAUGUGGAAAUAAAGGAAAAGCAGGGAGAUUUAGAUACAGGGCAAAGUCGAGGUCAGGAUCCACAGACCGAAGGGAUCAUUGGAUUUCCCAACACUUUGCUGCUCCGGAAAGACCCCUCAGCCCCUCAGAGACCGCUCAACUACCACCUGGCACCUCCGAGCGCAGCGUUCCCGCCCCAUCCUGCCGGUGGAAGGACUUUCCCGCAGCAGUUUCCAGUACCUAGGCUUCCGUUUCGACUCGGCCAGCCCCAGCACCCCGGCAUGACGCCGCAGAGUCAGCAGCAGCUAAGCCCCGCCUUCACCGCUGGGAACCACAACGCUUCGUUUCUGAGUGGCGCCAUACCCACCCACAGACCUGUGCAGUCCCCCUCUGUGGACGGACCCGAGACAGGAGGGGUGGAGGACUUGAGCAGCACUGUUAGGACUCCCAUGGGUCACCCCACCGCCCAGCAUCUGGGGCUGCAGCAUAACCGAAUCAGCAACUACGGGGAGGAUGGACAGAACGGAGGCCCAGCCGACUCUCUAGACAACCAGGGUCCCUCGGCUCUGGAGGCCCUGAGCCAGCAGCAGGCGGCCAGGCGGGGUCAGUGGGGGGAGGCAGCAGGCCCGUUCCUCCAGGGCAACGUCGCCUUUCCUCUGCCCCAGCAGCUGGCUCACCUUGCUCAGCCCAGCAUGGCUCGCUUCCCCCCCCAGCUGCUUCGACCAGCCAGCUGGGGCCUUUGUGCCAACGCUGAAGACGAAGCCUUCUCGUCCACCGCAGGGCCGACUUUCGCCAGAUACCCAGCCCUCUUGAGAGAGAUGCCCCCCCAGGAUCACCCCGAACCAAGGGAAGCCCCCGAGAUGCAGCCCCCACCCCAGUCCCGCCUCCUUCAGUAUCGACAGUCCCAGCCCCGCCCCUCAGCCGACCUGUCCUCCUCCUCUCUAGCUCCCCUCUCCAAUCACGCCGCUCCGUACCCAUCAGGACUCUACCCCCACGAGACCGCGCACGCCCUCCCCAACGACAACAUCAUCAACAAUCAAGCUCUGCAGCAGCACCCCGGGAACCCCCUCUACAACCCCGCCAGCUACCCCCCUCAGCCAUCGGCUCACCCCGGAAGCCCUCCUCCCUCCCAGGGCAAAUUCCUCCUCCCAGACGCCCAGUGGUCCCACGGUGGAGCUGCUGCCCAGCAGAAUCAUAUAAUGGGGAACCAGGGCCACAAUCUCCCUUAUGGAUUUCCCCUCAUGGCCCACCCCAGUAGGCAGGAGCAGGUGCACCUGAUGCAGCUUCACCAGCAGCAGCAGCAGCAGCAGCAACAUCAACAAAACCAAGGCCAAGAUGUAGAGUCCUACCAUCCACUCUCCCCCAGAACACCAGCAGCCACGGCCCUCCACACUGUAGACGAGUAUGAACCCCGGGGUCCGGGUCGGCCUCUCUAUCAGCGCCGCAUCUCCUCCAGCUUCCCCGACGAAUCGUCUCCCGCCAACUCUCUGCCCCAGCAGCCCCAGCCCUGCCCCUCCGACCCAGAGCACCCUCAGAUACAGCAUCAUCAGCACCCCCACGGCUCCUACACCUACCCCCUGCAUGACCACCUGUGGCCCAGUAACGGCGGAGGUCCCGGCCCGUUUCAGAACAUUCCGUGUAACGGAGCCGGCUCACUCGCUCAGCAUCGAGAGUCUCUGGCGGCCUCCUCCAAGGGGCAUCGUCAGACGGACGAGCAGGUGAAGAGCGAGGCCAUAGCGGCGCCGCCCAUGCAUCCACACGCCGCCAACUCCCUGCAGCACCAGUUCCCCCCUCUCACCUCCAGUAAGAAGCAGCAGCAGCAGCAGCAGUCGUCUCCACCCCAGGCCUCCGUCGAAGCUGCACACGGGGCUCCAAAUUUAAGCAAGACGCCGACCAUGUCCUACGCGAGCGCCCUGCGUGCUCCACCCAAACCGCGGGCUCUGCGGCCCGAGCAGGUGAAGAAGAACAGCGACCCCCUCUCCCUCCUGCAGGAGCUGACUAUAGGAAGUUCAAACGGUAGCAAUGGGUACUAUUCCUACUUUAAAUGAACAUCAGUCACUCUCUUAUGAAAUUCAAGAAACAAAAAUUUACAAAAAAAAUUUAAAAAAAGUAAAAAGAAAAAAAAUAAAUUCAUUUAACUGUUUCUAAAUGUAGACUUUUUUUUGUUUGUUUGAUUUUAGCGUUUUAUUGGUAACUGUCAUUUAUUUUUUUCCCUCGAGUUACAUAUCUGUGAAAAGCGUAAGUAUAUAAUAAUUAAUACAUUACCAGUAUAUACAUACUCAUUAUGUAUAUAUGAAAAUAUAUUAUCUACACUUGUAUAUGUAUCAAAUGCUAAAAUAAUAAAAAAACAGAAAUAAAUAAAUAAAACUCUUUAAAAAAAUUGGUUGACCACUUAGCUGCGUAUUUUCUCCUAGUAAAAAUGUUUUUUUUUUGUUACUAAAAACCUUGUUUUCCCCCGUUUUUAUGUUUUUUUUUUGGAAUAACAGUUUUCUUUGCUACUGUGCUUGUGGUGGCGGAUGAAAGCUAAGUGGUCAACUGACAAACUACAUGGAACAGUGUAUAGAAUUAGUUAAUUUUCCUCUAAUCUGUACAGAAAAAGAAAAAGAAUGAAUUGUUUGCCACAGAUUUCAUGCUAGUAUUUGCAUUCUAUGAUUUUUUUUUUCUUCUUCUUCUUAGUCCUCCUUACAUGGAAACCAUUUUCUGUGAUUAUUUAAAAAAAUAUAAAAAUGAUGGUCACUUCUCCUGAAAAUGUCAUUUGGAAAAAAAAGAAUGAAAUCCACGUUCCUCCUCUGGUCAUUGAAAAGCAUAGACGUUACAUGAUUGCUGCUUAACCAUGUGUGUUUUUAAGUAUGUUGCUCCAAAUUCUCACGAAUCCUUCCCAACCACACAGAGGUUCUUCAUGGUCACCCGUUCUUUGUGUGUUUUCUUUAACGUUUGGGCUGCUCUGAAGGUUUGUGUACGUUGAAGCGAGAAGGGCAAGUUUCAGAAGACGAGUGUUGAGGUAAACGCAGAAACUGAACAGCAUGUGAAGGGAAGCUUUUUUUGGACAAACACCACCUUGUACUUUUGUUUUUUCGUCAUCGGUAUUUAUUGAUGUUUUAAACACCAGAUGAUGCUCCCAUUCAACGAAUGGUGACUGAAGUCUUCUAUCUUUCAUCUGAUAUCGAAACUUUUUUUUUUUUUUUUUUUGAGAUGCUACAACACAAUAUUUUUAAUUUUAGACCAAUCGGAGGGAUGACUGGUUUUAGUCUCAGUGGGUUACGAUUGUUUCUUUAGUUCCGCUCUGACCCCGUCGAGCAUCGUCCUGCCCGGUUGAUGCUCCGGCGCUCACAUCUUCAUGAAAUACCCCAUUCAAUCUGAAAGUACCCUCAAUGCUCAAAUGUUCCAGGCAAUUCUAAAACCGUCAAAACACUCCAGCCUCUUAAAAGUUCAUGAAAAGAUGCAUCUUUUUUUUGGUUUCAAGAAGCCACUAAUGCAUCCCCUUUUCAAAGAGUUCGACUCUGAACAGGAAGGCAGAGCUUCACCUAACGUAUGAUUUUAAAGGUUUCCAUUCAGAUGUUUUUACUCAGCAGAAAAUACAUAUUUGUAAAUAUGCAUUUUCUAUGUAUUUACAAAUGAGAACUUUGGGAACGCCUCCAUUUUAUAGAAGAGGUUUUCAAUUAUGCAAAUUCACACAAAAAAAGUCUAGAAAUGGAAAAAAAUCAACGAAUAGUUGCAACAUAUUGUAACUUUUUAGAUCAAAAAUAUUGUUUUUGUUUUUUUUUAAAGAAAGUGUCUUUGAUUUAGUUUUUCUAAAGGCAGUUACAUCUGCUUCUCUGUACGAUGUUUGUUUCCACACCGGUUGCUGGACUUGUCCUGGUAAAUGUUCUCACCGCUGUACAACAAUCAAUGAUUUCUUCCUGUUCAUGCAUGUUGGGCUGAUUUGACCCGUUUGCCUUGAUUUCUGGUUUGGAAAUGGGGGAGGGGUGGAAAAAAAGCAAAAAAACAAAAAAAAAA